AUGACGACAACUAACCUAUCUGGAAAAGUGGUUCUGAUAACUGGAGCGUCGGCUGGUAUUGGAGCUGCGACUGCCCUUGAAUUUGCUAAACAUGGAUCGAAUCUCAUAUCCUUUAUUCUAUUCCAAACUAAAACCUGGACUACUUCAAAAGUCUGUGUACGUGCAGUAGACGUUCAGAACAAGAAGGAAAUCUACAGCGCAAUUAAUGAACUGCCCGACGAGUUUAAAGAUAUUGAUAUUCUGGUUAACAAUGCAGGAUUGGCUAUUGGAUUUGACCCACUGGAAAAGAACUCUGAAAAUGCUGUCCAACAAGUUAUCGGUACCAACGUUAACGGUUACAUUUACACAAUACAGGCUGUAUUGCCCCGGAUGAAAGAGCGUAACUCGGGAGAUAUAAUAAAUAUUGGGAGUAUAUCAGGCGUUCAGACACAUCAAUACGGAACUGCUUUGUACGCUGCAUCGAAACAUGCUGUCGAAGGCCUUACAGCAUCCAUUCGUAAAGAACUUGUUGCUACUAAGAUACGCGCAAUUUUAAUCAGACCAGGUGCGGUUCGUACCGAUUUUACCUUAAAAAGAGUGCCCGAACGAGGACCAGAAUUCUUGGAUACAUAUUACGCCGGAUACGAACCCCUCGUUGCUCAGAAUAUUGCUGAUUGUAUUAUAUAUGCAGCCUCGAGACCAACAAACGUCGUCAUCUCUGAACUGACAGUCCUGCCCAAUGCACAAGCGGAUAUCACCUUAGUCCACCGAGAGGGUGCAAAAGGUCCAGUCUAA